AUGAAGGUCGUGUUCCAGUAUCUACAGACCAAACAAGUGCAGGGGGUGCAUGUCAUGAUCGGUGCGUUGAUGGAGACCCUGUUCUCACCUUUCUUUGGCAUGUACGAUUCCACAACGGUGUCUUUGAGCUAUUGGGGAACUGGCGAUGAGGUUUGGGAGAGCACAACAUACGGCAACGCCGCCGACUUUGUUGCCAGUGUAGCCCUGGAUCCGACAGCCGUUGGAUCAUGGGUGAUCGGAAGUGUGAAGCAGAUUGCGCAAAUUUACGAGGAUGUUUACGGCGAACGACCCAUUCUGACGAAGCUGGGAUCUCUGGAUGAUUUGGAUGGCCUGAUUCAGGAGCGACGCCAGAAAGAUCCUCCCAAUGUUAUGAGCUAUCUUGUCCUGUCGUACAACUAUUACUGCAUGAAUGGCCAAACGGCUGUGCUGCCGGAGACAGAAAAACCGGCCCUUUUUGAGAUUCGGCGUGAGAGUUUUGAGGUCUUCUUCCGUCAACAGAAGAAGGAGUCAAUUCCGACUGCUAUUGCUCGCGUGGGGACUAGCCUUUGUUUGUGAAUGUUCGCAUUGUACAGGGCCUCCUUGGGAC